AUGUACGGAAUCCAAACGGAGGUGGAAAGAAGCAAAUCAAGCAAGACUGAUGAGUUGACAAGCCAAAUACCAGAUACCAAAGAGGAGAGAGUUGCCAAGGGCGGAGAAUCUGAUAUCGCCCAGCCCCGCACUAACCGUUUCCGGACAGGCAAGCGAGCCCCUGAGGCCGUGCACUCGGCCAAAACAGGCCACCGCCGGCUGACAUUACAACGUCAACCCAACCUCCAGCCGUGA